GUUCCUCAAACAUGGCUGCCAUGAAGAAAGUGCUGGUUGCUGCUGUUGUUGCUGCCUUUGCAGCUUUCAUUGGACACCGGUUUCUUAAAGUGAAGGAAAUGGUCCUUGCUUUUAGAGAAAUACCUGUGAAACAUCUCAACUGUCAUUAUUUACAGAAUAUUGAAUAUGGAGCAGAGGAUAUCACAGUACUCAAAGAUGGACUGGCCUUCCUGAGCACAGGCCUGAAAUAUCCUGGAUUACCUUCAUUCUCCGAUGAACCAGGGAAAAUCUACAUUAUGGAUCUGCUGCACCCGAAACCAACUCCAGUUGAGCUGCAAAUCAAAGGAGAGCUGGACCUCACCGAUUUCAACCCACAUGGCAUCAGUGUGUACAUCGAUGAAGCAGAUGACUCUGUGUACCUGUUUGUUGUCAACCACCCUCAGCACAAAAGCCAAGUGGAGAUCUUUCAUUUUGUUGAAGAGAACACGCUUGUGCAUCUAAAAACCAUCACCCAUCCAUUACUCCACAGUGUAAACGACAUUGUUGCAGUCGGAGUGGAAAGCUUCUACGCCACAAACGAUCACUCCUUUACCAACAAGGUGCUCCACUUUGUGACUGUGCUGCUGGGUCUCCACUGGUGUGAUGUGGUGUACUACAGUCCAAAGGAAGUGCGGGUGGCAGCCAGUGGCAUCCUGUCUGGGAACGGCAUCAACAUAUCACCUGACAAACGGUAUAUUUAUGUUUCAGAUAUUAUCAACCAUGAGAUUAAGGUUUAUGAGAGACGAGAAGGCGAACAAUUGGUGCAUCUUAAGUCUGUAGCUGUUGGGUCACUCUGCGAUAACAUCGAGGUGGACCACAGGACAGGUGACUUAUGGCUGGGUUGUCACCCAAAUGCUGUGAAAAUCUCACCGUAUAACCCUGAAGAUCCACCAGGCUCUGAGGUCAUCCGGAUCAAGAACAUUCACUCAGUGCAGCCUGUGGUGACCCAGGAGUACGCUGAUAAGGGCCACGUGCUCCAGGCCUCCUCUGUAGCAGUUCCCUACGAGGGGAAGUUGCUAAUUGGCUCUGUUUUCCACAAAGCCCUGUAUUGUGAUUUGAAAUAA